AUGUCGCCUGUCAAUGCCUUCAAGCUGCUUUCGAUUGUCUUUCCGUUGCUGCAAGGGGUGCACGCGGGGCUCGACCUGAACGCUGCAAGCAAUGUUGCUGUUUACUGGGGCCAGAACUCCUACGGACAGUCGACUGGUGAAUACGUGCAGCAGCGUCUGUCGUAUUAUUGUCAGAACAGUAAUAUUGAUGCCUUGCAAAUCUCCUUUGUGACCCAGAUCAACGGUCCAGGAGGAGUUCCCGCGGUCAACUUCGCCAAUGCCGGCGACAACUGCACCACCUUCCCAGGGACUUCUCUCCUGAACUGUCCUCAGAUCGCCGAGGACAUCCAAGCCUGCCAAAAAGCCGGCAAAACCAUCCUGCUCUCCGUCGGCGGCGCCACCUACAACGAAGGCGGUUUCUCCAGCGAAGCAGCCGCCAUAUCCGGCGCACAACUCCUCUGGGAGACCUUCGGCCCCGUUAGCAACAGCGGCGCAUCACGGCCCUUCGGCACCGCCGUGAUCGACGGCUUUGAUCUCGACUUCGAAGCCACCGUCAACAACAUGCCCGCAUUCGCCAACCACCUCCGUUCCCUGUACGCCAAAGACGCCAGCAAAUCCUACUAUCUCACCGCCGCCCCGCAAUGCCCGUACCCGGACCUCGCUAAUAACCCGAUGCUCAACGGCGCGGUCUCCUUCGACGCCAUCUGGAUCCAGUUCUAUAACAACUACUGCGGUCUGCAGUCCUACGUGCCUGGGUCCUCGACGCAGAAUAACUUCAACUUCGCGACGUGGGAUAACUGGGCGAAGAGCACCUCGCUGAACAAGAACGUGAAGGUCUUCCUGGGCGUCCCUGGCAAUACAGGUGCCGCGGGGUCCGGGUACCAGCCGCUGGACAGGGUGAAGGAGAUUGUUGGCUACGUGAAACAGUUUAGCAGUUUUGGGGGAGUGAUGAUUUGGGAUGCGAGUCAGGUGCUUGCGAAUGGGGGGUUCUUGAGUGGUGUGAAGGGGGCGUUGACGGGGUCGGUGGCGGAGACUGUUUCGCAGAGUACGCGCAAGGCCAAGGGUGAGGGGUUUUUGACGUUGGCGAGGGCUGAGAAGCCGUUGGGGACUGGCAUUUGA